AUGGCCACAAUCAGUCUCCGCAAGGGCAACACCCGUCUUCCGCCGGAGGUAAACCGAGUCCUCUACGUGCGAAACCUUCCGUUCAACAUAUCAAGUGAGGAGAUGUACGAUAUUUUCGGUAAAUAUGGUGCGAUUCGCCAAAUCCGAAUCGGAACGAACAAGGAUACCAGAGGAACCGCCUUUGUAGUGUAUGAAGAUAUCUACGAUGCCAAAACAGCGGUGGACCACUUGUCGGGUUUUAAUGUCGCGAAUAGGUAUUUGAUUGUUUUGUAUUAUCAACAGGCGAAGAUGAGCAAGAAGUUUGAUCAGAAGAAGAAAGAGGAGGAGAUUGCUAGGAUGCAAGAGAAGUAUGGAGUUUCUACUAAAGAUAAGUAGACCUUUUAAUUCCGAAAAAAAAGUUAUUUUGUAUUUGGGGAUUUAGUUUCUUGUUCUUUAGUUAUAUGUUGUAGUGUAUAUUUGGAUGAUAUUGGUCUAAUACCAUGUUAUUUUAGCCUUUUUCAUCUAUUUGUCUUAUGACUGUUUGAUUCCUGUGAUAGUCUUUAAGUGUGUUUUUGAGCCCCUUAUUGAAUUUAGAGAUCUUAAUCCUUUAUUGUGGUUUGGAAUUGGAACCCUUUGUGUUAUGGAAGUUGAAUUUUGGUCUUUUGUUUUUGGAAA